CCCAGGGCAAAACUCCCUCGGGUGGGUUUGCUGCUUCGCAGCAGCUGAGGGAAGAAUUAAUACUCCCAGAACACUGUGAAGUGUUCCUGCUGCAAGUCAGUCCCACCAGGGAUCACGGGAAUCUGACUGGGGAGUCAGGGCCAGCUCAGGGCUGGCUGCAGAACGUGCUCCACGAGGCGAUUGCAGCUGGGAUGCAGCGUGAGGAGCCAUCCCAUGGGGCUGGCUUCCAGCUCUGGAGAGACAGCCUGGCCCUCAAUCGGUGUGGAGGGAGCACUGGGUGCUGGUGGACACCCACCGUGCUGCCAGGAGAGCUGGAUGCUGUGCCCAGCGCUUGAGGGGUGCCACAUGGUGAUCACGGAUGAGCAGGGCAGACACAUGCCAGUGCCAGCCCCAGCUCCCACUCCCGGGCUCAAGGCUGCAUCCACCCACAAUGCCAAGAGGCCAGGAGCGGGGUGAGGGGCUCCCCGGUCAGUGUGGGCUCUGCAGGUCUCCCUGCUGGCAGCCCUGGAUGAGUGGACCAGAGGCUCUGGCUGCUCUCUCAUCCUGCAGGAAUUCAGCUCCAUGGGCUGGGUGGGUUUUGUGUGUGUGUCCCCCCUCCUUCCACUCUCCCUCUUUGGAGACUUUCUGCAUUCUGCCUUUGAUCUCCCCCUGCCGUGUUUGCCCAGCCGAUCACUGGGCUCGCCGGGGUUAGAGGCUGAGGUCAGCGCCUUUCCCAUUCCAAACACCCAGAAACAUCACUGGGAAGGGAGGGGAUUCAGAUUACAACCUUCCCGUCCUCCCCUUCCACCCCACUCGCCCCGCUGAGCCGCCGGGGAGCCAGGAUGGACUGAUACCCUCUCACUGAGGGAAGAAGGACCAGGAACACCGCUGCCACCGUGUCCCUGGCACCCGCAAGCUGAGCUGCAGCAAUGGAUGGAGGUGGCCGGCAGCAUCGCUGGUGGUCCAGCAGGCCCUGAAGAGCAGAGGUUUGGUCCUCUCCUCCUCCUCUUUCUCUUUGUCCCCCCUCCUUCCCCCUCAUCCCCUCCAUCCUGACCGUGAUUUCUCACCAGCGAGCCAGGCCGGCGGCGUGGGGUGGCCAAGAUGCUUCCAAGUGGGAAUCUGGUCCCAGUGGGCAUCGCGCUGCUCCUGCCCGCGCUGGUGGCGGGGCUGAGUCUGCAGCCAGCCAGGAUGCGGCACCCAGGGGUCUGCCCCAACCAGCUCAACCCCAACCUGUGGGUGGACGCGCAGAGCACAUGCGAGCGUGAGUGCCGGGAGGACCAGGACUGCAAAGAGUUUGAGAAGUGCUGCACCAACGUGUGCGGGCUGCGGAGCUGCGUGGCUGCCCGCUUUGCCGAUGGCAGCGCACCCGCGCCGGCACCUGCAGCCUCAUGUGAGAGCUUUGUGUGCGCGCAGCAGGGCUCCGACUGCGACAUCUGGGACGGGCAGCCCGUGUGCAAGUGCAAGGACCGCUGCGAGAAGGAGCCCAACUUCACCUGCGCCUCCGACGGCCUCACCUACUACAACAAGUGCUACAUGGAUGCCGAGGCGUGCCUGCGCGGCACCCGCCUCACCACCGUGCCCUGCAAGCACAUCUUCACCUGGCCCGACACCAGCCCUGUGCCGCAGGAGACGACAGCUAACCCCACGCCAGGCACCGGCCCCGAGGUGCCAGUGCCCCCUGCUCUCUACAGCAACCCCUUCCACCAGUCGGUGCGCGCCGGAGGCACUGUCAGCUUCCGCUGUGACGUGAGCGGGCGCCCGCGCCCUGACAUCACCUGGGAGAAGCAGAGCGAGAGGGAGGAGAACUUCAUCAUGCGGCCGGACCAGAUGUACGGCAACGUGGUGGUCACCAACAUCGGCCAGCUCGUCAUCUACAACGCCCGCCACGAGGACGCCGGCAUCUACACGUGUACGGCCCGCAACACUGCUGGGCUGCUCCGCGCCGACUUCCCACUGUCGGUGCUGAGGCGGGAGCCGGGGACCAUGGCACCGGCCAGCAGCCCCCAGCCCUUCCCCAGCGCCGAGUGCCUGAAGGAGCCAGACCGGCGGCGCUGCGAGGCGCUGGAGGUGCGCUGGCACUUCGACGCCAAGCAGGGCUCCUGCCUCACCUUCCGCUACGGAGGCUGCGGGGCAAACAGGAACCAUUUUGAGACGUAUGAGGAGUGCCGGGCCGCCUGCCUGGGCAGUGCCCGCCCCACCUGCCUGCUGCCCGUGGUGCAGGGCCCCUGCCAGCACUGGGAGCCACGCUGGGCGUACAACCCCCUGCUGAAGCAGUGCCACUCCUUUGUGUACGGCGGCUGCGAGGGCAACACCAACAACUUCGAGAGCAAGGAGAGCUGCGAGGACACCUGCCCCUUCCCCAAGAGCCUGCAGUGCAAGGCCUGCCGCCUGAAAAGUAAGAUGGUGCUGAGCCUCUGCCGCAGCGACUUCGCCAUCGUGGGACGCCUGAUGGAGGUCGUGGAGGACCAGGACUCCGGUAUCGCGCGCUUCGCCCUCGAGGAUGUCCUCAAGGAUGAGAAGAUGGGCCUCAAGUUCUUCAACAUCAAGUACCUGGAGGUGACCUUGACCGACAUGGACUGGAGCUGCCCCUGCCCCAACAUGACGGCGGAGGACGGGCCGCUCAUCAUCAUGGGUGAGGUGCACGACGGCAUGGCCACGCUGGACCCCAGCAGCUACGUGCGGGCGGCCAACGACAAGCGGGUGAAGAAGAUCUACGAGCUGAUGGAGAAGAAAACCUGCGACCUCCUCAACCGCUUCCAGGACUAGGGCAGAGCCGGGACAUGCUGAUAUGGGGGCUGCAGACUCACUGUGGAGGGAGAGCCCCACACCAGUGCUUGUAUCCUGGGGUUACCACCACCACACAGCUCCCCACAACCCCAUGCUGAGCCCCAGCUCCCACCUCCCCUGUUAUUUAUCUGCCACAUGCCCCCCAUGUACCCUCCAGCCCAGCCAGCAGCAAUAAAGGAGUGGGCUGGGCUGCA